UAUUGGCACCAGAUAGGAGGUGGAAAUGGCAGUGGAAGCAUCGUCGGAGCCAGUGUGGCUUACAAAAAACUGGCUGGAGCAAAAGCUGCGUCUUUAUUUCAAAAAUGAGUCCCUCGAACUGGAUAAACUGGAGAUCAGACCAGCAGUGCCCAAGGGUGAGAACUAUGCGAGUGUGAUGAACCGCAUCAAGGUUGAGUUCUCCACCAAGGAUUCGGCGAAAAAGAAUACCAUUACAUUCCUGGCGAAAUCCACAUUCUCCGACAAAGAUCCUGCUUCAGAUCUGCUCUCCGACUAUGGAAUCUACACCAGGGAAAUGGAUAUGUAUGAGAAGAUCCUGCCCUAUCUGGCGGAAUUGGUGCAAAAGGAACUUGGCGACUCCAAGAAGUUGUUCGCCGGGACCGUCAGUGUGGAUCGGGAAAAGAACUGCAUCAUCUUUGAGGACCUCUCGCUGGAACAGUACAAGGUGGUCUCUCGCCUGGACAAGUUGGAUUUGAAGCACACUCACCUUCUCCUGGAUAGGCUGGCCACCUUUCAUGCAGCAGCUGCCGUUUUGGCCGAGCGCAGACCAGGGAUCUUUGAGAGGAACUACGAUCGUGGCUUUUUUAAUAAACACACCCGUGGCUAUGAAACCACAAUGAAAAAUCUCCUGCAGGCUCUGUCGCGCUCCCUGGAGCUUAAUCCGGACCUGAAGCAGCGUUACCAGGCCAAGAUAAAUCACCUGAUAGAUCAUGUAAUGGAUUACGGAGAGAAAUCGACAUCAGUAAACCCAAAUGACUUUGUUACUCUAUGUCAUGGUGACCUUUGGACUACGAAUGUGAUGUUCCAGUAUGACGAACAAGGGCAUCCCAACAACGUCAUCCUAAUUGACUUUCAAUUCAGCGUCUGGAAUUCUCCAGCCAUUGAUCUGCACUACUUGUUCUCCACAGCCAUUCAAGAAAAUCUUCGCUGGAAUCGGCAGCCUGAGUUGGUCCAGUUUUAUUACUACAAGCUAAAGGACUACCUCACGAUGCUCAACUAUUCCGCCCAUAUCCCGAGUUUGUUUGACUUCCAAAAGCAAUUCCAGAAUAGGGCGUUUUAUGCCGUAUUUUCCUCACUGAUUUUCGAGCCCUGCAUGCUUUAUACUGGCAAGGAAAAGGCUUCCAUCGAACAGGGUUUAUCUGAUUCCGAAAGUGGUCUACGGUUCCGAAACUCUGUAUACGAGGCACAGCACAUUCAGGAUAAGCUGCCUCUCGUCCUGCCGUUUUUGGAUCAAUUAGGCUUGCUGGAUGAAAUGUAAAAUUUCUUGGAGUGUCCCAUUAAACUAAUUAAACCGAUUAAACAAGUUUGGUCCAAAAGCAAACAAAAUUCCUUUGAAAAACCUGACUAGUACUUAUUAUCGUACAUGAGGAAUAAUAUGAUUAGCGUACUUGUAUUAAAUACUUGAAAAUAAAUAAAAUAGAAACCACAGGCCUUUACAUUGAAAUAAUAA